CAAGAGAUCAGGUUGACACGGAGGGGAUUAUCAGUUUCCGCGGUUUUCGAUUUAAAAGCACACAUUAAUAUUAAAAAAAUGGCAACAGACGUUUCGAUAAGUUACAGUGAAGUACGCAUACCAGUACCUUGGGGUCACAUAGCGGGACGUUGGUAUGGAGAUCAAAAUGAAAGACCCAUAUUGGCUUUACAUGGUUGGCAGGAUAACUGUGGCAGUUUUGCCAAAUUGGCACCACUCAUAGCACCCUAUCGCAGCCUACUGUGCGUGGAUCUGCCAGGCCAUGGUCACUCUAGUCAUUUGCCCAUUGGCAUUCUCUAUCACAAUGUGGAGUUUGUGCGAGUCAUCUUGAGGCUAAUGGAAAUCUACAAAUGGAAAAAGGUCAGCUUGAUGGGCCAUUCAAUGGGCGGCUCUGUGGCAUUUCAUUUUGCCGCCUUCUAUCCCGAUCGUGUGGAUAUGGUCAUCAGUUUGGAUAUUAUAAAAAACUUUUUCUGGCAACCAAAAGUUAUGCCCACCGUAUGGGCCCACACAAUGGAGAAAGCUUUGAAAGACAACGAUAGACUUUUAAACUCGGACAACUCAGAACCACCCAGCUACACCUUUCGCGAAUGCGAAAAGCUGCUCUAUGAGGGUUCCCAACAAUCUGUGGACUUGGAAAAUUGUAAAUAUAUUUUGGAGAGAAAUAUCAGCAAAUCGGAAUUGUUUCCCGACAAGUAUUACUUUUCACGUGAUGGACGCGUGAAAUAUCUGGCCGAGUUUAAUCCCGACAUGCAACUGUCCUUGGUAAUGGGUAAACGCAUUUGUAAACAUUCUAUACCCUAUUUGGUGAUCAAGGGUGGCAAAUCCACGAAUAUAAGUGCCGUAGCUAGCGAAUUGGAUGAUUGCAUGAUAAAAAACAAUGCAAACUUCGAGAGCUUUAUAUAUGCUGAGGGAACACAUCACCUGCAUUUGAAUCAUCCCAAGCCGGUGGCCCAGAUGAUCAUAGGUUUCUUGCAAAAACAUGAACAUCAGCCCCAGCAAUCGCAAAUGGUCAAAGCGAAACUUUAAAAUGGCAGCAAAGCAUCAAAAACUAUUUUUUAUUGGCCACAUGGUUUGCUGGGCAAAAGGGGUGGGAUGAAAGUAGCACAAAACACUAGUAUUUUUUUAUUUAUAAAACUCAUCUUCAUGUAUUGUCCAACCAAAGUGUUUCUAUUGUACUUAUUUUAAACCUUUUUUUGACCUUUAUGUAGACUUUUGUUAUUCUCUUGUUUGUUUUUUUAACAAAAAUACAGAACUUAUUUUUUUUUAAAUUAAA